GCUAAUAUUAGCCAUUGCAGUCAAACACUUCCCCAGAGAUUGUGGUGAAGAUGAGACGGGGAACGGAGUCUCCAGGGAAUGGCUACAAAAGCUUUUUUAACCUGCAGUCUAAUAAGGAUGGUCGAACGAGUGUUUCGAGGUCAACCAGUAAGCAUCAGGAUUCGAGAGAAGGUGAGUAUGCAACUGCAGUGUUAGCAGCUGCAUUUGCCAUUCAGUCAGUUGAAGAAUCCAAAACUCUUCAGAAUAAGAACGGACUGCAGCCACAUUCUAAUGGAGUAACCAGACAACCUUCCUACAACAACGCGAAAGUUCCUGGUGAAACUUCAAUGAGAAAGCCUAAGUUGCAGGACCGCGGGGCACUGGAGACACUUAAUCCACCUCGAACACCAAGUCGUUCAUCCUCAGAUGCUCGCGAGAAAAAUGAAAAGCAUGAGAAGCUAAAAUCAGUCGUGGCUUGGGCAAAUGAGAAGAAGGAGAAAGCCAAAAAUAAAAUUGAAAAAACAAAGAGUGACUUGGACCUGAAGUUUUCAAAAAAGCCUGCAACAUCGGCAAAAGGAGGAAGAUAAUAUGUAUAAAAUAAAGCAAAAUGUGAUGAAGAAAGAUGUCAAGGUCAGACAGGGCCUUCAACACACAGAAUAUUUCUGCAAAAUUAUGAAGAUACAGACAUUGACUCCUUCAAGAGACUAUACCUGAGUUUGUAUUUUGAUUUGUCAUCUGUGUAUUUUUGAGUUGUUUUAAUAAAAUUAACAUAAAGCUUCAUAUAAAAAAUAGCAUUAGCUUCAACUUUGUAACAGACGGUGGAGAGAUUGAUUUUACUUCUGAACUGGCCAAUCAAAUGCAGAACCAUCUUUUCAUGAAUGAUACGUAUAGGUAUCAUCUUUGAAAAAAGUAGAUAACUUUACAAAUGGGAAUCAGCAAUUAAAAAGUUUGAGAAAAUUCCGAACAAUCCUGGAAAAAGGUGCUGGUGAAAAUUGAGUUGAGUGCUGUUCCUUUUAUUGUUGGCAUCAAAUUCUUGCAUUUGCUGGCUGAAAAUUAAAAGCUCUUUGAAGAUACUUUUUUAUUAUAUAUAAGUCACAAACUCAAAGUUGAUGGAAUUUAACAACCUGGUGUCUGCUGUAUCACAUCAUUAAUUUGAUAUUAUUUUGUAUUCGUCAUAGUAAUGGAAUAGAAAAUAGACGGUAGAUGUAGCAUUUUAUGCC